AGUGAUAAUAACAGUGAAAUAAAGAGGAAGAGAGAGAUAUGGAUUAUCUGUUGAGCAAGCAUUGAGAUGAAGAGUGGAAUAGCUGCUAAAUAAGCAACACAAAAACACAACACGGUUGAUGAUAGAGAUGAUCAAUGGUUUUUGAUUUUGUGAAACCACAAAACAGUAGUUGCAUCAAAAAGUUGAUGUGUGUUUGUGUUUGAUUGUGCGAGAGAGUAGUUGGUCUUGAAAAGAGAAAAAAGAAAAAAAUGAAGGUUUGGAGAUGGUUGCUGAGUUUGUUUGUGGGGUUAUUGUUGCCUGUGUCGAUAAUGGGUCGAUUCGUGGUGGAGAAGAACAGCCUGAGAGUGGCGUCGCCGGAGAAAAUAAGAGGCACUCACGACAGUGCCAUUGGGAACUUCGGCAUCCCUCAAUACGGUGGUAGCAUGGCGGGGAACGUCGUUUACCCAAAGGAUAACAAGAAAGGUUGCAAAGAGUUUGAUGAGUCUGGGAUUUCCUUCAAAUCAAGUCCCGGUGCUCUUCCCACCAUUGUUCUGCUCGAUCGCGGAAGUUGCUUCUUUGCAUUGAAGGUCUGGAAUGCUCAGAAGGCUGGAGCUUCUGCGGUUCUUGUUGCAGAUGAUGUUGAGGAGCCCUUGAUAACUAUGGACACACCUGAGGAGGAUGGCUCAUCUGCCAAAUAUGUGGAGAACAUAACUAUACCAUCUGCUCUUGUUGGAAAAAGUUUUGGUGAAAAGUUAAAGGAUGCCAUAAGUGGUGGGGACAUGGUCAAUGUAAAUCUUGAUUGGAGAGAGUCUGUCCCUCACCCAGAUGAUCGUGUGGAGUAUGAGUUGUGGAGCAACAGCAAUGAUGAGUGUGGAGUUAAGUGUGACAUGUUGAUGGAAUUUGUGAAGGAUUUCAAGGGCGCAGCACAGAUACUAGAGAAAGGCGGUUACACUCAGUUUACACCCCAUUAUAUAACUUGGUACUGUCCUCAUGCUUUCACAUUGAGCAAACAGUGCAAGUCUCAAUGCAUAAAUCAUGGAAGAUAUUGUGCUCCAGACCCUGAGCAGGACUUCAGCACAGGUUAUGACGGGAAAGAUGUGGUUGUUGAAAAUUUAAGGCAGCUAUGUGUUUUCAAGGUGGCGAAUGAAACUGGAAAGCCUUGGGUCUGGUGGGACUAUGUCACUGAUUUUCAAAUUAGAUGCCCCAUGAAGGAGAAAAAGUACAAUAAGGAAUGUGCAGAUGCUGUUAUUAAAUCACUGGGUCUUAAUAUUGAAAAGAUUGGAAAAUGCAUGGGCGAUCCAGAAGCUGAUGCUGAUAAUCCUGUCUUGAAAGAAGAGCAAGAUGCCCAAAUUGGAAAGGGAUCACGAGGUGAUGUUACAAUUUUGCCUACUCUCGUGGUCAAUAACCGACAAUAUCGAGGAAAAUUGGAGAAAGGGGCUGUUCUAAAGGCUAUAUGUUCUGGGUUUGAGGAAACUACUGAACCAGCUGUUUGCCUGAGCACUGAUAUGGAGACAAAUGAGUGCUUGUCAAACAACGGUGGUUGUUGGCAGGAUACAGCAGCUAACAUCACUGCGUGCAAGGAUACAUUCCGUGGUAGAGUAUGUGAAUGCCCCCUGGUUGACGGUGUUCAAUUCAAGGGAGAUGGUUAUACAUCUUGUGAAGCAAGAGGACUUGGACGUUGCAAGAUAAACAAUGGAGGAUGUUGGCAUGAUGCCCGAAAUGGACAUGCUUUUUCUGCUUGUUUGGAUAACGGAGGGGUCAAAUGCCAGUGUCCCAAAGGAUUUAAAGGUGAUGGUGUCAAAAGUUGUGAAGAUAUUGACGAAUGCAGAGAGAAGAAGGCUUGUCAGUGCCCUGAAUGUAGCUGCAAGAAUACUUGGGGCAGCUAUGACUGCAGUUGUAGUGGAGAUCUCCUAUAUAUGAGGGACCACGAUACCUGCAUAAGUAAAAUUGGAAGUCAGGGAAGAUCUCCUUGGGCUGCGUUUUGGCUGAUUCUACUUGGCGUGGUUAUGAUUUCUGGUGGGGCAUUCCUAGUGUACAAGUAUAGAAUAAGGCAAUACAUGGAUUCUGAAAUCAGAGCAAUCAUGGCACAAUAUAUGCCCUUGGACAGCCAGGCAGAAGUUCCAAAUCAAGUGAAUGAUGAAAGAACAUGAAUGAAAGGAAAACUACUGGGGUUUGACGGCAGGCAGCAUGGGUGUGGGUUUUUCCUGUACCAUGUUUGAGUCAUUUUGAAUUUUCACAUUGAAUUUAGCAGACUGUAUGUAUGAUAUGGAAAUGUAGCAUUCUGUAUACUUAGAGGGCCGAGUGGGGUGCUAUUUCUCUGGAUUCUAGGAUUUCUGCUUUACCAGACACGUUCCACGCGCAAGAUUGUAACUUAUCGUGCUGUAAUACAUGCAAGUUAACUUGGUAA